UAAACAAGCAAUGUUGCUUUAAGUUACCUGGCAUGUGUUGUCACAUGAUUCAUUCUCCCUCGUGGAGAGUUAGUGAAUACAUAGUAUCAAUUACAAGGCAAUGUUCUGCUUGUUUUAGUUGACAAUUGAAAAGCAGUUACCCUCAAAAUAAAUUCUGGUACACCAAGGGUUUGAUUAUCUGUUAGUCAGAAAAUACCUCCAAAGGUGCUAAAUGGGCACUGGGUGUUAGAUCUUAUUCAACAUUUUCUUGUUCAACCUUGCUAUAUAUCCUAGAACUUCUCUAAAAUAAUAAACUCUUCUCUCUUAUUUGUGUGUGUGAUUUUUAUAGUGGAGAAGGCAAAUGCAAAGGCCCUUCCAGAUGACUGAAACAGUGGGGUCCUCUGCAGCUACAGGGGAUUCUAGACAUUAACUAAAGGCCAGCAAGCACUCAAGUCCCCAAGUGUUUUCCUGGUGUAAUCACUUACUUGUUAACAACAUUUUUUUUCUCUUCUUUUUCUUACAUUUUUAGGGUGUUACAGUAAUUUGAAAAACAAUGAGCAGGUUGGAAAUGUAACUAAAACUCUGUCAAGAAGACUGCUCUUCUAAUGAGUUCUGUUGAACUUCUGUAGACUCCAGCACAACUCUUUCAAAGGCGCUAUUAACUGAUAAACUAGUACUUAUUUUAGAUCAUGGGAUUACAGUAAAUCACUUAUGCUGCAUUUCUGCAUACAGAGAUUACUACAUCUCAUUAAAAUCAAUGGGAUUUAUGCAGACUAAUUGUGCUGGAUUGUAGCGUAUGUUUUAUAUGUAGUACCUCUUUUUACCCAUUAACAAGGCAGUCAAAUAUGCCACAGGCAGACAUGACUGGCAAGAUCUAAUUAAUGUUAGGAUAUUCCAAACUGAAACUAUAAUUAAAUUAAAACUUAAUCCUCAUUGGUUUAACUUUGCUGAAUAGAACAGAAUAUUUUUAUUGCUUACAGGUAAUUCUGAGCCAAAUAACAUCAGAUAUAUCUGUAUCUGAUUCUUACAUAAUUGCUGUAUGUAUUAGGGCCAAGCUAGAUGCGACAGUAGCUGUAUUUUUAAACAUGGAUUGGUCCCAAUUUCAUAGAAAGAGGAAGGGUGGGAGGCUGUCUUUUUAGAGCAAAGGGAGCACAUAGGUGAAGUGUAUAGAAGCCUUCCUGUGCCUGCAAUUUAACCUCCUUGCAGUCUGUCUUCCUUUGUUUUUUCUUUAUCUGAGUUCCAGUGCUGCAACUGUGCCAGCACCCGCAGAAAGCAACUGUGGUGAAAUAAGCAGCAGGCUGGGGUAGGUUUCAGGGCCCUUGCCUCUUUGUGUUCCUUUUAUUAUUAAACAUGGAUAUGCACCUUUUUAUGUGAUUGGGGAAGGAAUACCGCUGUCAUGUUCACCUUGGCUCUAAUUAACUGAAUCAGUAGUCUCCAAUAUAUCUGCAAGUCAGUGUUUAAGAAUAGUGUCUCACUUAAGAGCUGGAAUGGUUUUUAUAGGUAAUAUUUUUUCUCAUUAUAAGCAUGAUUUUAAACUGCUAGAAUGAUAGGUGACUGAUACAUCUGAUGCUGUGAUAUCAGUCAAAAGAGAUGACUUUUCUGAGGUUUGUUUAAUGUAACUUGAGCAGCUGUUACCUAUCAGGAAUUCUCAUUGGGUUUUUAGGAUCUACACCAUUUUGUAGUUGGCAGUGUAUUACAAUUCUGGACAAAGUGCUUUAUCAGAAUAAUGGACCCAUGGUUUUUCCUAUGAACUUUGUCACUUCUGUUCUUGCAAAUCUUCCUUAUCUGAAAGAAUAUGGGUGUCACUCUUCAAUUCUUCCUUUCACAAGACCCCAUUUUUGCUAGUGCUUAAGCAUUGCUCAGAAAGAUAUUUCAGGAUCAGUGAAACUUUUCAGAUGCAUCGAGGCAUAUGCUUAAGUACUCUGCUGAAUUGAAAUCUUUACUUUUUACUAUUGUGAUACAUUCUGAUAUUACCUCUCUUCAAGUAUUAAAAUAUACAUUGUGCUAAUCAUAUCCCCUAGUAUCAAGUCACAUUUCUGUUCUUAGUGUGUUCAUACAUCUUGGUGUUGAUUGUUGCUUUGUGUUCUAGACUUAACACAAAGUUCACGGUAAGGCAUAGUACUAUAAUCUUCGUGAUGAAAUGGAAGGAUUUGGAAGGAAUGCAGAUAUUAACAGUGACUUUGGGUGGGUUUGUGUAGGUUCUUUGGUUAAUGUUUGUUUCUUUUGUCUGUUUCUUUUUCUUCAUUUCUACACAUUCAUGCAGUAUGUCAUGGUUCUAACAAAGCAGCAGUAAAAAACUCUUGACGCAUGAAAAUUAACUGGUGAGGGGCCUCAUUGCUUUUUUAAAUUGUAGUUUUAUUUCUGAAUAACUUUUUUCCUAAAAAAUGAGAGGAUCAGAUGCAUGACUACUUAAUGGAUGCAGAUCUUCUGUGAGGUGUCUCAAGAGGAUUUUUAGCUAGAUGCCAGAAAUGUUAUAGUUGCACUAAUUGUGUGUAAACAUAAAUAAUAUCCUCUGAGACAUAAUUUGCAUGCAGAAUUAUCCCAUAAUCUCAAUAGAUAUGUUUAUAUUGAUGCAUUAAUGCCCUGUAUCUAAAUGACCUUCCCCCCUUUUCCCACCAUAACUUUUGGUAUUGAAAUUAUGACAGCUCAGUGACAGAAGAAAGAUAACAGUGCUGUGUAUUAUACAUUUGUUUAUAUUAUCGGCACUUCUCAGUAUAGGUGGAAGGAACCAUUACCUUUAUUUAACAGUGGUUUUUCUUUUUUGUUGUUGUGUUUUACAGUUCUUUUCCCUGGUUCAGCCUGAACUAUAUACCAGGCCCUGCUGAAAAUACCACCCAACAGUUUUCUUCUGCAGCUUAUCCAGUUUCUCUUAAGUGCCCUGUACAUAUUGUAUGUUUUAUGAUGAGAUGCAGUUUUUUUAAUAUGUAUUGCAGAAACGCUUCUGGUAUUUGCAAAUAUAUAGUACAGUUGUCUUAUUGAACUCUCUCACGUUGGGGGCUUGGGCACAUUAACAGAUUAAUCCAUAUGUAUAGGGCUUUUGCUGUUGGUUAAAAUAACAACGAUCAACAUUACUGUUUGUCUCACGUUGGGCCUUUUGAAGGUUAUUCUUUGUUCAGGGAUAGGCAGUAAAAAUAGACACUUAACAGGCUUCAAGCUGCAAAUCAGAAGUUUCUUCUGAAAGGGCAAUACACAGCAGCAUUCUUGGUACAGUAAGCAUGACAAAGAGUGGAGCAUGUAUUUUACUGCACAGGUAAGAAUGUGUCACAUUUUAGGUGUUUACAUAAACACAUACACAUGGACACAUAUGCAGAACCUACAUUUGGACCUUUGUGGAGACCUUCAUAUCCAAAUGAGAAGUCAGCAAAAGCCCUACACUUUUUCUUACCUUCUCUUAAGUUUUACAAAAUUGUAUGGUAGGUGUAAAAGAAAUCAUAGUGAACUGUGCCAUAUUAUUAACCCCUAAAUCAAACUUUUUUUGUCUUGUGUAUCUUGAUUUUUCUGUGUGCUUUAUAGUGAAGCAGCCGACACGAGUCGUUGUUCAUAAAACAGCUUUUGAAAGUUGAGAGCACACCCCUGGAGAACCGACUGUGCUUGCUUACGUUUGGUUCAUGACUUAAAAAUCGAGUACAGGUGAUGAAAUCUUGGCAGUGUUAACAAAAAAGUAGUGUGUAUUGUGCUAUUUUUUAUUCUAGAACUUAACCUUUUGUAGAGAAAAAGGAACAAAUUUUCACACAUUGAAGUUUCAUUCUGACAUACAAAUUAAUGAUAAAUUAUUAAGAGAGCAAACAUUGUAUUAUAGCCAACAUAAGUACUCUCAGCAAACUCAGAUGGUGUUUCAGGGAGACAUUUUCUGGGUGUAUAUGUGUGUGGUUUUUUAAAAAAAAGAUAAUUGAUGAGUAUCUUCUAAUGCAAAGCUGUCUCUCUGCAGGAGUUAUUCCUGAUGAGACUAAGGCUUUAUCUCUCCUGGCACCAGCUAAUGCUGUGGCAGGCCUUCUGCCGGGGGGUGGACUCCUGCCUACACCCAACCCACUUUCUCAGAUUGGUGCUGUUCCUCUGGCUGCUUUAGGAGCUCCAACUCUAGAUCCAGCCUUAGCUGCUCUAGGUCUUCCUGGGGCAAACUUAAACUCACAGUCCCUUGCAGCAGAUCAACUACUAAAACUUAUGAGCACAGUGGAUCCAAAGCUAAAUCACGUAGCUGCAGGCCUUGUUUCCCCAAGUCUGAAAACAGACACCUCCAGUAAAGAAAUCGAAGAAGCCAUGAAACGAGUACGAGAAGCACAAUCCCUGAUUUCUGCUGCUAUUGAGCCAGACAAAAAGGAUGAUAAAAGAAGGCAUUCAAGAUCCAGAUCACGUUCAAGGAGGAGGAGAACACCUUCUUCUUCCAGACAUAGACGGUCAAGAAGCCGGUCAAGGAGACGGUCACAUUCAAAGUCAAGAAGCAGAAGGCGAUCUAAAAGUCCUCGACGGCGGCGAUCUCACUCCAGAGAACGUACUAGGAGGUCUAGGAGCACUUCCAAACCCAGAGACAAAAAGAAAGAAGAAAAGGAGAAGAAACGGUCUAAAACUCCACCCAAAAGCUACAGCACGGCCAGGCGAUCCAGAAGCACAAGCAGAGAAAGACGCCGCAGAAGAAGCAGGACUGGCUCCAGAUCACCUAAAAAGCCUAGGUCGCCUAAGCGAAAGGUGUCUAGAUCCCCUUCACCGAAAAGACAUAAAAAGGAGAAGAAAAAAGAUAAAGAUAAAGAGAGAAGCAGGGAUGAACGUGAAAGAUCAACAAGUAAAAAGAAAAAAAGCAAAGACAAAGAGAAAGAUCGCGAGAGGAAGUCAGAAAGUGACAAAGAUGUCAAACAGGUCACCAGAGAUUAUGAUGAAGAAGAACAAGGCUAUGAUAGUGAAAAAGAGAAAAAGGAAGAAAAAGCUGCAGAUUCCACUUCCCCAAAGCUUAAGGAGUCACCGGAGAAAGGGGGUGGUGAGACAAGGGAGUCCAAAGUCAAUGGAGAUGAUCAUCAUGAAGAGGAUAUGGAUAUGAGUGACUGAAUAUUGCCUUUGCAGUGAAAAGAGUUGGCCACAUGCAUCAGUGUCAUUCCUGUGUGAUUCCUUUAUGCUGUACUUGUUUAACCUUCAAAACUAGAUGUAUACAGCUCUAACUAUAAAUGGUUGUAAAGCUCCUAAUAUUAAAUAAUUACAUCAAAAGUUUUAGAGAAAGUGGUAUCUGGGUUUCCAUUCUUGUUAUUGGCUAAAUUGAAUUGAGUAGCCCAGCAGUCCUUACUAGCUUGGUGCUGCUUUUUUCCUUUCUGAGCAAAAAGCUGCAUGCAUCUUUGACAGGCAUGGACUGUUUGUGUUGUAUGAUCUUUUUAGUAAACCAGCUCACCUACAAUAGUGUUUCUAGAGUUUGAUUAUUUACAAUAAUAGCAAAAUAGGGAAUGAACUGGCUGCAUGUUAACUGUGGCAAGAACAUCCUCAUCUCCUACAACAUGGUGGAUCUACUAAGGGUCUUCAGUGUAGAGAGAGAAACUAACAUUAGCUUCAUCCGGAAAGAAAUCUUCUGAUAGAGGUAGAUAAUAUUUCUAGCCCUGUGGCUGAAUCUUUUUGUUGUGGAUUUGUUUGGCUUUGACAAGGUUGAAAUGCAUUAGUCUUUUGAUGCCCAGUGUAAGGUAAACUUUCAGUCUCAAUCCUUCUCAGGUGGGGUGUUUGAUUUUUGACAACUUGGAUUUCUUGAGAUGAUAAAGAGCAGUUCUGUAUUCUGCAGAGACAGUUAAUCUUGUGUAGUUUUUUAGAAGCUGCAUUUCUCUUUGAGUAUUAAAACCCUGCAGAAAGGAAAAAAGGGUAGUGCAUUUUAAAUGGAACUUCAUAAUGAUUUUAAAACAAGUCUACUUGAUAAUGUAUUUGAUCUCAAGUUGUAUAAACUAAUGCAUUUGUGUUGCAGUCACUGAAGUAGCAACCUUCAACAGUAAUUUUAUGUUAUGCAAAGUAUAUGGGAAUCUGUUCUUUUAGUUCUGGAAGUUUGGGGGCAUAUACUUUUGUGCAGGUAAAAAGCAAAAGUAGGCUACAGUCUGUGCCAUGUUUAUGUACAGUUUCUGAAAUUGUUUUACAAGACUUUGAUAAUAAAACCCCAUAAAUAUA